AGAAUUUUGGUUUUUGAAAAUUCAGUUUGUAUUCGACUACCAAAUGCACCGAACGGGUUUGGCGCUAGUGCACGCAACACCGAAGAACGUCUCUCGCAUCGAGCAAAAUGCACCAGCAACACCGAUGUUAGAAGUGUUGCAGUCUGCAUCGUCUUGGCACUGUGAAGAGUGCAAACUCCAAAAACAAAAAUCUCAAUCGCUAAAAAACAGAAACCAACGAUUUUUUACUUGCAAAUACAAUUAAAAAAAAAAGACAAAACAAAACAAAAACUAUCGACAAUCUUAAGUUUUGAAUAUUUACUCAAGGCAACACCACCGACUAGAACUUAAAUCCAAAAGAAAGCGAAAAGUGCCGAGUGUUGUAAUUUUUUCUUCGUUGCGCUUUUAUUGUGGAAGUGUGGCCGAAUGCAAUAGCUCUUGGUCGCGCAUUCGUUUACAAAUUGUGCAAAAUCAAAAGAAGAAAAUCAAAUCGCUUAGAGAAAGGCAAUAAAAAUAAAAUUAAAUCAAGCAAAAUAAUUAAACGACAGCAAGAGUGUUUUGAAAACCUGUGGGUGUUGUUAUUUUCGUUAUUGUUGCCGUCGCUCAUUGGCCGCAGUAGUUCACAGAGCUUGUCGCGCGCGCUAAGCGUUUUGCCAAUAUUUUCCGAAUAACAAAAAUAUUCAAACCAACAAAGAGUGAAGCAAAGCAAGCAAACAAUCGAAAGUGACCUCCCCCUCCCAAAGGGCCCUGCAAUGCGGAUGGCAGACGCCCUCUUCUUAUUAUAAACUGAUAUUCGAUACAAGGCAAGAGAAUGGUGAAAAGAUUUGACACUACGAUAGCGAGUAUCUCCUAAGAGAUCACACUCUUGAAUAACGGGAAAAGUAAAGAUAUUGCCAAUAUGAAACACAUACGCGUCGUGGCAAUAAAUCGAGACGUAAAGAGGAAUCAUACCAAAAAGUAUCAGCACAAAAUGAAUAUAAUCACAUUUUUAAAAUCCAACUACAAAUACAAACGAAGAUGCACCAUCCUUGAAAAGCGUUGUAAUGGUAGGUGUCGGCGUCAGCAAACACCCUCUCCACAUUCGCUGUUUGUGGAAAAAGUAUCAAAUCAUAGAAUUGUAAGGAAAAUGUCCCUGUGUACAAGAAAACUUAGCAAAUUCCCAAGAAUAUUUAUUAUAAUCAAGCGAUCGACACCAACAACCACAACAUUACCAAUUAUAGAGCCAGCAGACUACAGAAGCUUGUCGGCGGGACCUCUUUUGCGGAAGAAUGCUGCCAUUUCAAAACGCGCAUUGUCUUCACAGUCAAGAGAAAAUUACACAGACGAUGAUGUUUGCGAUGGUAUAAGACGUCAAAAUAAUGCCCAUAAAGAUGCUAAUGAAGACACCAACAUCGAGGAUGGCUGUAACCACCUCAAUGCCAGACCCUGCCGUGGUAUUGGCGACGAAUGGCACUAUCAACACGGCAAUUAUGACAAAGUGUCAACAAUCACAUCAUCGCCACCAUUAAAGUACCGCAGACAUCACCAGCAACAACAGCAAACUUCAACAACUCCGAAGCAGAUGUGUCCCUCCUUAGCACCAAUGAUGGCAACGGGCCGAUGUUUCACAACUACUUUUCAUCAUCCCAGAGACAUGAAUCGGCCAGAAAUGCCAGCAAACUCAUUGCUUCGAACGAUGCACCAGUGCGUCAAUGAUGGACACGACUACAUCGACAUGGACAACAACAUCAGCAUUUUGGCCAAUGCGCAUGCGAACAACUGUCAAUUGGUUGAGCAACAAUACAUCAUUGCUGGCAACGGCACCAGCAAAACCAAUCCAACAAUGUCGCUCUUCCUGACUUUGUUCAUUGCGUUUGCUAUCGGAGUUCGCACUACUGCGGCUGGAGCCUGCUGGCAGACGGUCUUAGGCAACGGCAAAUGCAACGAAGUCUUCUCGUUCAACGUCAGUAAGAGUGACUGUUGUGGCGCCAAUCAAGAAUUCGCCUACACCGAUCGUGAGCCAACGAAUGUCGAGUACUUCUUUGCUACAGCAAUUGGAGGCGGCAUGGAAUGCACACCGUGCUUAGAAAGCUGUCGCAAUGUUCAGUGUGGACCAAAUAAGAAAUGUGUCAAACGCAAAGGACGUCCAAAAUGCGUUUGCGCACCUGAGUGCGGGGCCACUCGUCGCAGGCGACUGCAGCGCGAGCGGCAACUAAUUCACCAACAUCUUAGUCUUUUUUCGGACGACAGCCACAGAACCGGGCCAGCCUUGGCCGACAUGAAGAGGUCGCGGCAAUCACGCGACACCCAUACUAGUUUAAGUAGUGAAAUUACAAAAAAAAACCGAGGUUCGGGAAAUCAAAACCAAAGAAAAUUAAUCCACAUUCAUAUGCAACAUGACUAUGCCCACCAACAGGAGGCACCACCGCCGUCGCCGCCACCACUGCAACAAACCAAACGCAAGAAACAGCAGCGCAAAGGCAAUCGCCGCCUUUUGAUUACCGCCAAUGUUGAGGAGCAUACGGAGAAGCCCACCACUAGGCGAAUACAACUCUUUAGCAAUGUCAGGAACACAUACGCUAGACAGCGCACCAACGAAAACAGAGGCAAUGGCCAGCAUGAGGACACUGAUCUCUCAGAAGAAUAUGAAGAAGACGACUAUGACGAUGAGGAUGGCGAGGGUGAUGAUGGCGAGCGACGCAGGGGCAUCAUCUUCAACAGUGGUUUUAAUUUCGCCAGCGGCAGCAGCAGUAACAACCACGAGGAGGAGGAUGAUGAUGAUGAUGAUGCAACGAGAUUUGGAAACCAGUCUAGACAUAAGACCAAAACUAACAAAAAUAAUCAUGAUUUCGAAACAACCACAGCGCAGCAGCGAGAUCAGAACUUAAGCCCAAGCAAAAAUGGCAAUAACCGCGUCAGACACCCUCAGAAAGGCGCACGGCAUGGCGACCAUUCACCAAAUAGCAAUCACCGCCAACACCAGCAGCAACAACACCACAAGCACAAACAUCGUCAUCGUUCCAAAGACGAUCGACAUGGACAACACCACAAUCAUAACCAUCACCACAACCGCCAACAACAUUCGGGUAUGGGCGGACGCCGCAAACACCACAGACAGCACUACGACAAGGAACAGAAUCAGAAGGAUUAUAGCUCCAUCAUAACAACAAGUACUACAUCAGCGACCGUCAUAGCCUCUGCAGCAAGCAGCAACUCCGGCGAAGUCCAAUCGAGUGCCAACAGAUCAUUUAUUCAAACGACUGCCUUGGCCGCCACGACGCCCCAACUGAUGUUGAUGUCAACCACACCCGUGAAUUUCACACUGCCUGCUGCUGUUGCUUCAGAUCAACGUCGCUUAACCAAUCACGGAAGUAAAAUGACUCCGUCAUCCUCAUUACCAUUAUACACACCGGCGUCGUCAUCGUCGUCGUUGUCUGGACCCACAACGGUGGCAGCAUCAAUUCAUCCACAUGUGCAGAUCACUUCUGAGACAAUGCCCGCAGCAGCUGCCUCUACAUCCUCUUCAGCCACCUCCAAAUACUCAACUUCUUCCUCAUUUGCUACCGUGAUCAAUGGCAGAGGCGGCGAGGGUGCUAAAGCUACACAACUGCCUCUAUACCCCCAUGGUGACCACGGUGGCAAUGUUGUGACAAUGCCAGACACUUUUGAGCCCUCAUCUACAGCAGCAAUCAACAGCCAUAUUGGCGAUAACGACAACACAAUUUCGACGUCCCAUCAUUUCGACUCUGUCUCCUUUGACAGCUACUUCGAUCAGUUCGACUUGCAUGGAUUUCCAAGUCGUCAACAUGCAGUAACGAUAACAGAUAGCAUAAGAUCCUCCAAUCCAGUAUGCGGCACGGAUGGACGUACCUACAAUACAAAAUGUCAACUACGAAAGCGAGCUUGUCGUACCGAUAACCCUCAUCUGCAGAUAGCAUAUCGAGGACACUGUAAAACAACAUGCAACGGAGUCAAAUGCCUGGAAGGAUUAACAUGUGUUGAGGAUCAGUACACCAUGCCACACUGCAUAGCAUGUAAAAUAGAAUGCCCACUGGACGAUUAUGAUAAUGGCAAUAAUGUUGUGGACGCGUCCAGAGCAGUUUGUGGCGCUGAUGGCAAAACAUACAAAAGCAUGUGCGAGAUAAAUCGUAUAAUUUGCAAAAUUGGUCGAUCAAUUGGCGUAGCAUAUCCUGGACCUUGUCGGGGUAGUCAAGUGUCCUGCGAUGACAUUAAUUGUGGGCCCAAACAAAUUUGUCUCAUCGACUUGCUCACACACCAACCCCGAUGUACACCUUGCCGCUACAAGUGCUCGCGUAAAAGGAAACCAUCGACCCUCCGUUUGGAAGAGGAAAAAAUCUGUGGUGUCAACAACCGUACCUACAACUCAUGGUGUGAGAUGCGUAAGGAUUCGUGCUCCACAGGAUUCUAUAUUGAUGUGAAAUAUCCUGGCAAUUGUCAUUAAACAUCAGCAACAUGUCAAAGGUCAUACGUUAAGUCUAAAAUUGUCUGUAGUUGUUUGUUAGAAUUUAUUAAGUAGCAAAAUAACUCCCAUUAAAAGUUAAUCCAAGGAAAUGUGGAAUCAUUAACCCAAACCCUCACUUAAAUAUAUUAGGGGCACAUUUAAAAGAUUUCCAGCAGAACAAUUCCUAUUGAAGGCAAAAAAAUAUUUGUCGGCAAAGCGUUUCAUUGAAAAUAUUAAAGAGGCUUCUGUAAUAUAGCCUUGUUGAGAUCACCUCUUUGAAUUAAACUAAAAGAAGUUUUCGGAAACAAAAUCUGAAACUAUUUAACUUACAAUGAUCAUAUGCACUUUCUUCCAUCGAUAUAAAGAGCUAGAGGAAAAAAGUGUAAAAGUCUAUCUUUUUUAAAUGGAAAGUUAUAUCUUUAUAGCUAUACGUAGGGAGGUUACCGUUGCGUAAAGAUUACCAUGUCCGCCUAUGACGCUGAACGCCUGGGUUCAAGUCCUGGCGAGAACAAAAGACAUUUUGUUUUCAGCGGUGGUUAUUUCCUCCCAUUGCUGACGAAAUUUGUGAGGUACUAUACCAUGUUAAAAGUUCUCCCCAAAGAGGUGUCGCACUGCAGCAUGCCGUUCGGACUCGGACAAAAAAGGAGGCCCCUUAUCAUUGAGCUUAAACUUGAAUCGGAUACCACUCAUUUAUAUGUGAGAAGUUUGCCCCGGUUCCUUAAUGGAAUGUUCAAGGGCAAAUUCGCAUGUGCAGCAAUAUCUUUUCAAAAUUUACACUGAAAAAAUUAUUGUCCUAAUUUUAAAGAUUCGAGUCAAAGUUAAGCAAACUUAAUUUAAAGAUGAUCAAAUUUCCAACUUUUUAAGGAAACUUUUCCCUUGUGUAAGUUAUUUUUCUUGAUAUUAAGAAUUUUUAUUUUAAAUGGAAGGUUAGUAGAUCCUUAACUUUGCAUCUUGUUAUUAUAACCAAAAAUCUAAAAUGAAUGUCAAAAUAUCGUUGGAAGUUAGAUAACAAGAGUGUACCUUAGUUGAAGACACAAAAUAGCCUUACAUAUGAUAGAGUCUUUGAAUGUUUUACUUUUUAGGUUAAGAUGCUAAGUUAACAAAAUGAUUUUUUCAAAAUAUAUCAUCUGUGAAGUAAAAUGAUAAUAAAUGAGCAAUCGAAAUUCGAAACGGAUGGUGGUGUCCGUAAGUAAAUAACAACUAAAAUUUGAUGAUAGCAUCUUUAUUUAGAAAUGUUGGUUCUUUGGCUAGUAAUCAUUGCUUAAAUCUUUCAAGCAAAAAAAGAUCUUAAAUUUUGAGGCAAUUUUUUAUUUUGUGUGAUAUGUGAAAUGAAUCUAAGCCGCUUCUUUAAGUUGUCGGAAAAAUAAGCCGAUUAACACAUUAUAAAAGUCUCCUGUAUUUAAAAUUACCAAGAUACAGGAAUUAAAACCGCAGCCGUCAUUCGGAGAAAGAUUUUUCUGCUGGAAAUUGACAAUACAAAAAAAGAAAAACAACCCCCAAAAAUAUUAGCCAAUUCAAUGUUUUAAUUUUAAAUUAUUGUCGGAAGAAUUCAUUCUGACCACAUCCUCCCCCACCAAAAAUAUUCGUAUUUAAAAAUAAUGAAAAUAUAAAAUGAUUUAAACAUAUUAAAUAAAAUUAUAUAGAGCAUAUAACAGCAAGUAUGCAUUAAAUGUACGUUCGUUCAUACAUACAUAACAUAUAUAUGUGUUUACUUAAUAGAUGUGCUUAAUUAUUAUGACGAAAACUUAGAAUGUGACAAAUUCACAUGCAACAUAUCUUAAGAGGCUUAACAAAUGUGACUCAAUCUGUAUUUCACCCAACACCAACCGCCACACCUCUUAUACACACAUACAUAAACACAAACAUACACCCAAAUAUUCAAUUUUAAGAAUAAUAUUUUCAUAUUGUUUCACAUCCGUAUACAACCCAUACACACGUGUAUUUGCUGCGCAAGUAAAUAGCAAAGAAGGCUACUAGUUAUUGUUAGUUUUGCGAGCUUUUGUUCUCUAUUCGUGCACACAUAUGCAUACCACACAUAUUGUGGACCAUAUUAAAUCUCCUUCAAUUAGCCACACACUUACACAGACACAGCCACAGAUAUAAUACAUAAAUUAAGGCGAUUACAUUUAUUUUCUAUUGACUGAUAGUGUAGCAGAAAUCCAUAAGCACAGCAAAGAACAGCGCAGUGAAGCGAAUAAUGAAUGCCUAGUACGAAAUUUAUUAUUAUUAUUAAUAUUAUAAUUAUUAUUUGUUAAAAGUUCGUUUACACACAUAUUUAUAUGCUAAUUUAAAAUGAAACUUCAUAUAAUAAAAUUUCAACAUCAUGAAUGUCUGUCAAAA